UGUGCGUCUCUCUUUAAGUGUGUCUCUGUCCGUCCAUAUAUGGAGUGCUGGGCUCGUCACCAUGGCAACCGCAAGCAACAAAGGGGCUCAUAAAGCAAGCGACUCUCUCUCUCUUUCUCUUUCUCUCUGUCUGUCUGUCUCUCACUCGUUCUCAUCCUCGUCUUCUUCUCCGUUUCCUUUCACACUAAACCAGCAGCCGCGCAUGAAGGAUUAUAGGACCAGUGUCAUCUUUUAUCAUGAAAUGAGGGAAUUCUGGGAUCUCAGAGGGAGUCUGGCUGUGACAGACGGAUGGUUUAAGGAUGUUUUCUGGAUCAGAGCUCACUGUGGAUCAUCAGUUCUAGUGUUUACAGCUUGUGUGUAUGAAUGAUGACACACAGCCUCCACGAUCUACCUGCGAGUGAACACACAGACGAGAAGUGUGUCUCUCUCUCCGUCUGUCCGUUAUGUGGUCGUGGUUUUGACGUUGCUCUGAUUCUGCCUUGCUCUCACACGCUAUGUGGCCGUUGUCUGACCGAAGGGGCGGAGCCUGGUCACCAUGGGGGUGGGGUCAGGGGCGUGGCCUUCUCCUCCCAUCCAGUCAUUCUCUGUCCGAUCUGUCGUCAUGGCGUUGAACUACCCUGCUUCGACUGGUCAUCUGCUCUCACCUGUCUGCCCUUUGACCCCACAGUGACCUUUGACCCUGAAGAGAGAGGGAAGCAUGAUGAACGGAGAUGGGAGACGGAUGGCAGUGUGGAUCUUUCUGAAGAGGAAAUAGAACAAUCCGUUUCAGGUCUGCUCUUCACCCUCGAUUCGUCCUGCUCUGAUUCGUCGCUUCACCUCUCAAGCUCUGCCCUCACGGUCUCCUUCAGGGGUCACAUGAUCUCAUCACAUGACCGCAGGGAUCAGGACUCCUGUCCUCUUCCUCAGGUGUGCGGCAGCGUGAGCAUCUCUAGAGGACAGUAUUACUGGGAGGUGGACGUCUGCAACAGCGCCAUCUACAGGAUCGGAGUGAUGUCAUCAUGUGAUGGGCGUGGCUGGUGGUUUGAGAGACGUGACUCUGCGUUUCACACUGUGUUUGACGGACGGCGUGAGCUCCUCCCCUUUGUUCCUCCUCAGCUGAAGACAGUGGGCGUGUUUCUAAAUGUGGGCGGGGCUUCGAUCACCUUCCACAAUCCGGUAACUCAAGAGUUUCUCGCUGCUGUCCCCUCCCACUUCAGUGUCCCCCUCCGUCCUGCUCUUCAACUGGGCCAGGGAAGACUGAAGCUCCGCCCCUGCCUGCCGCCGCCCAAUCACGUCUUUCUCAGCCACAGCUCUGCCUAUCGGGGUCCAGGAGGGGUGGGAAGUGUGCGCUGGAGGCGGGAUGUACCAUUCGGAUCGGUGAGGGCCGUGAUUCAGAAGUUUGAGGAGAUGUCGGCCACAUCAGACUCGGAUUCGGGUCUCGUGUCCAGCGACCAAUAACAGUACAGAACGACUCCGUUCCAAAACCUAGUGUACUUUCUAUAUAGACAGCAUCGUAUGGUGUGCUCCCUAGGUAGACAUGAACAUUAUGCUGCCUUUUAAGAUCUCGUCUUUUGGACAAAAUAUAAAGCAGCAUCCCAUUUAUGCUUCUUUAUGCAAACAGCGCCACCUGUAGGGCAGAAGCUCUUCAAGAAAAAACAAACAAAAUGUAUCACAUUUUUUAAAACAAGUUAAUUUAUUAUCUUACUAGCUUCUUGUGGUGAAUUAAGUUUUGUCGGUGGGACUAUAUUUUCUGCAUUAUAUUUAUUUAGUGAUUGCAAGAGAUUGAGUUUCCAAAACGAUGCUUAUUAAACCAACACCUAAUUAAAAUACUGUACAUUAACCAAAAAUACCACAAAUAACACACAGGAAAUAAAUACAAUUAUUUGGACAUAUUAAUUGCAUGAUGACAGUCAAACUACCUGUACCUGUUUAAAAUA